AUGGCAAACUGGAAGAAGCCGGAGCCAACAUUUUCUACCGGGGAUGAGACUCUCUGGACUCAAAACAUGACUGGUGGAUGCAAUAGUCUCGCAACGUUUUGUCUCAAAAGCAAAAAGCGAAGCCUAACCCACAUCAAGGGUGGUGAUUUUUUGCCCGAGCAGCUUGGCACUUUUGCCAAAGAAGUAGCCCAGGGGUUGGAUGGCGACUAUGAACUGAUCUGGAUCAGUGGCACUGAAUCUCUACUCCAAUCGAACUUUAAAGGGCUGCUAGAUAAGAUCUCGAAUGCCGUCCUAGAUGAGGUUAUUAACCUGGGCAAAAACUUUGAUUGUGGUGAUGAUCACUAUUUCAUGCAAAAUGCAGAUGGAUAUAUGCAGGAUGAUUCGCAUACUGUGAUAGUACCAACUGCGCCAAAUUGGACAACCUUCAAGAAGGGUUCUUUCGCUAUUGAUGCAAAUGGAAAUUAUGGCCUAGCUCAGCAAUAG